AUGGCCGAAACACCCUGUGCAGCGAAGAUGCUGCUGUGGCUCGACGAGAUCGAGAGCCAGAUCCAGGUGGCUCCCUUCGUCCGGCGGCCGCGGCUUCAGGAGUCCGCUCUGCAGGCUGCGCGCGAGGCUGCGCGGGAGGCUGCGGAGGCAGAUGGAAAGCCGGGCCCGGCGGAGCGCCGGCGACUGCAGGAGGCGGAGCUGGAAGCGGCCCGAAACGAGGUUAAAGGCCGCGCGGCUCUGUUGCACUCCAUCGUUGAGGAGAUUGAGGAGGAGGCAUCGCUGCAGCAAGCGCAGCUUUCCAACCACAUGGGCGGCAUCCACAGGUCGAUGUGCGCCCCAGGCGUGCCGGUCCUCCUGGCAGAAGUUGAGCUGGAAGGCCCCUGCUCCGGCAUCUCGGGCCAUGGGUGGCAUGCCUGGUAUGCCCGGAAUGGGCGGGCCGUGUGCCCAGUUCUGAAGUGCAGCGUGGGAAUCCGUGGAAACCGCGGAAGUUGGGAAAGUGUGCGUGCCGAGUUUGGUGAGACGCAAGGCUUACGGUGGAGCCUUCGGUGGCUCAGCCUCUGGAGCAUGAUGCCCAGCUUGGCGUCUCACGUGCGAAUGAGCUGCCCUGAGAUCUCCCAGCACAUCAGAACUGAACUCUGGGAGGUUUUUCAGGCUUCGCAGUCCCAGCUUGCGAACCAGCAAGGGCAGCUCUACCGGCCCUAUGCUGAGCACAUCUGA